GGCAGCACUGAAAUGGGCUUAAUUACUCAAAUUAUUGUGGUUGCUCUUAUUGUUGUUGCGAUUAGUUAUUGCCGGAAAAAAUCUCAUCAGGAUCAAAGAGUUUUUGUUCAGGACUUCGAAUCGCCAAAAAUAAAGGAAAAGAGGUCCUAAUUUUCAAUAAAUAUGAUUGAGAGACCCAUACCACAAAAGGCCCACAUUGGAAGCGCCAUCAUAUCCUGUAUUCUUAGUUUAGUUAUCUAUGGCACGUUACGUUUCUAUGCCGAAUGGUUUACAUCGUCUCAAAUUACGACAAUAUUUGGAGGCUUUGUCAGUUCAUUUAUUUUCAUAUUCAGUUUAACAUCGCUGUCCAACAUUGAAAUGCUUUUAUUUGGAGAAGAUUUCGCGUGUAAAUUUCUUCCCGAAAUUGUAGUCUGUCUGCUUAUAUCAGUCAUGUCGGCCGGUAUUGUGCAUCGUGUGUGUGCCACUACUUGCAUUCUUUUUUCGAUUUUGGCUUUAUAUUUUAUAGAUCGUAUAUCAAACGAUUGUUAUAAUAAGACAUCUGCUGCGCCAGAAGCCAUACACUAUCGACGGGGUGGUGGCAAGAAAAACAAAUAAUUUGAUCGCAAAGAUCGAAUGAAAUUAUCGAAUAUUUUUUCUGGAUUAUAAAUUUUAUACUUUUUGCAAUAGAUGAUGCAAUAUUAUUAUGCAUGUAACCACAUUGUAUUACAUACAAAUUAUUUUUUAAUAAAAUAGAAAUUUUAUAAUUUAA